AUGACCCUUCAACGUCAUGUGCAUACCGAGAGGAAGCGGCCACAAGUCGAAGGGAAGGACAACAUUGCCGACGGAGGGCAUGUGGAGAUGAACAUCUGGCAGCUAUCGUCUGGAUUGAUGCUGGUCGAGAGCGACGGGAGUACGAGCAUUGUGUUCCUCACGGUCCAAAAUAUCCCCUCCAAGCUUCUAUCAUCGCUCCAUGCGAUUCCCGGCCAGCCAGAGUCCGCCGCUCGCAAGUCACACCGGCAAAGCAUCUACCACAUCCCCGAACAAUACGGGCUGACAUUGAACGUACAAGCAGCAUGCCACGAUCCGUCGUAUGCGCUCAGCGAGUUGUUCUUCUUUUACAUCAGUAGCGAAACACAGUAUCUCAACAUGCUUCAACGACGACUCGACGAUACCAUGCGCUCCUGCGAGGGCAGGGAAAAUCUAGCUCUCGAUGAUUUGCACCAUACAAAACAGCUGAUCAACAGCCACACACGAAGCAUCGAAGAGCUCCGUCUGGGUUUUUCCACGCGGACCCAUCGACACUGGCCGCCGCCGACGACUCUCUGGAGCAGUUCGUCUUCCUCCGCCCCCAGCUUCAUCAACAACAUUGAUCCAACCAUGUCUGCCGGCGCCCAGAAGAACCCCGGGCGCCCAUCGGAAGGCGGUGCCGUCCAAGCCAAGCUCAUCGAUAACCUCGCAUACCGGCACCGCCAGGCUGCACAUCUUUCGCAGCGCGCCACCGAGAGCAUGAACUUUGUCUCGAACGGAGUCAUGCUCGAGGAGUCGCGGCGCGCCAUGCUCAAGGCAGACAGCAUGGAGCCACUCACCUGCUCGCCUUCUUCUUCCUGCCUCUAUCCUUCACUACGUCCAUUUUCGGGACCAAUUUCACAGAGCUCGGCUCGGGCAAAUAAGAGCAUCUGGAUUCUCGUGGUGACUCUAGUACCAGCUACGGCCUUCGCGGCGGUGCUGGGCUUUCGGAAAAAGAUUUCUUACGUCAAGGUUGCACGGGCGCUGAAACUUCGAUCGGUCGAUCGGUAA